UAUGCGAUACUGCAUCUUUGUGCCUUGAACCGAUGUCUUCGUAAAAAAUCACCACAGCAAGAAUCUAAGAUAUUAUUUUUGAAGAAUUUUAUAUUAUAAAUCGCUGUAUUUUUCAAGAUGAGCUGGUUCGCGAAGUUACGUUCCAAGAGCGUGAGUACCCAGAAUCGCCCGCCGACCGGCGUGCGCUCGCUGUACGGUAAGGUGAUGGUGGACCCUCAGACGUGCCUCGAGGUCUUCAAGAACCACUGGAGACAGGCGUACACCAUCAUGUGCCGCCAUAUUCCUACCGCUGCGACCAUCUACCACCGCGUGGCCCUAACGGGCGACGAAGUCCAGGCCGUCGUGAACUACGUCGACCAGAUGAUGAACCUCCUGGUGGAAGAAGAAACCGUCAACGGGAAAAUCGGGCCGAUGCUCCAGUUCCUGACCAACGAGAACAUCAUGGAGAAACUUCUGGACUGGAGCGUCGAGCACAGCCAGUUUGCGGACGAGAUGAAACACGAGCAGCUCAAGGUGUACGAGACGUUGCUCUGCGGCUCGCCGCAACCGGUUUUGCAUCAGAGGCACAUCCUGAACCCGCUGCUGAGGCUACUCGGGAUGUGUUCGGACGCGACGACGCUGGAAAUCGAGAAUCACCUGAUCCUACUGCUGAAUCAACUGUGCGUGAGUCUCUACAAGGAUCCGUCCUUGUUGGAACAGUUCUUCAACGCGAAGGCGGACCACGGCCCGGCGAAGUUCCUGAUCUUCUCGCUGCUGAUUCCGUACGUGCACCGGGAGGGCAGGAUUGGUCAGCAGGCCCGCGACGCGCUGCUCCUCUGCAUGUCGCUGUCGGCGGAGAACGAGACCGUGGGGACGUACAUCGCGGAAAACUCCAACUUCUGUCAUGUCCUUGCUACGGGUCUGAGUGGGCUGUACUCCUCCCUACCCAGGAAGAUAGAGAUCAGAUCGGAUGACUGGCACGCUCUACGGAAGGAAGAUUACGUCAACGCCCCAGCUUUACUCAUGUUUCUCAACUCUCUGGAGUUCUGCAAUGCAGUAGCACAGGUUGCCCACCCCAUGGUAAGAAACCAGCUGUUAGAACUCCUGUAUAACGGCUUCCUGGUACCAGUCAUGGGCCCUGCUCUGCACAAGACCUCUGUGGAUGAGGUGAUAGCGAGCACCACGUACUUCGACCUGUUCCUGCGCACCAUCACGGAGCCGGCGCUGAUGAAGGCCUUCCUGCGCUUCAUCACGACGGCCAAGUACGACGACCACCUGGUCAUGGAUUCCCUUAUCAGUAGGAUCACCAGCAACUCCAGGAUAUCUGUGGUGACCCUGGCACUGUUCCGUACAGUUAUCAGCCUGAACUGUGAAGAUGUCAUGUUGGAGUUAGUUCUCAAGUACCUGGUACCCUGUACCCAUGUGAUGGUGAGCCAGCGGCGGUCGGUGAAAGAAGCCGACCUGUACGGUAAAACCUCCGAGAAGUUCCUGUCUCUCACACCCAACUGCUGCCGAAUCGACAACAACGCCAACCAGCAGGCCACACCCGUUGCCAUGGUGACAAACAUCGGCGUGAAGGGUAAGAAAACGACCCCGGUAACAACCGUCGACCAGAAGGUCGCGGAACAGAAGGAGAAAGAGAAGGCGGAUCUGAGGAGGUUUGAGACGAGCUACAUGGAAUACCUGCAGGACGCCCGGGUAGGUAUCGGACAGUCGUGGAAGGCGUGCAAGUGCUGGUCUGCUCCGUACGACGGAGACAAUCCCGCGGAAGAUAGCGUGAAGGCAGAGGACUUACACUGGGGGCAGAUCAAGAACUACGAUAGGAAAGAAAGGGUUGUGUACGGCACGUCGCGGGGAAGGAGCGCCAGCUUUCACCCCAGGUCACCCAGCGAGGGGGUCGAGACGAGGCCGAGACUAGCGAGUGCGCCGGUUAAGUCGCGGCAAGCGGACGAGACGCAAGACAGCGGGCUGUCGUCGGGGUCGGACACCAAGCCGGACAACGAGUGGUCGGUGUCGUUCAAGGGCGGGAGGAUCGAGGCGCACUCGCCGUCGAAGACCCGGAGAAAAAUCAGCCCCACCACCUCUAGCAGCGAUUCUCUGCACAGCAUACACAGCAUCGUGGACGUGGAGAUACACGUCGACGGCGCAAAGACGGAUGACAAACCCACGGAGAAAGUUCCUGUCAACGGAGAAACUGAAGGAACGAAAGAGGAGCAAGAAAGGAGGGACUCAAAAUCGAAGGACGAUAAAGAAAAGAUAGUAGGAACGAAAGAGGAACAAGAAAGGAGGGAGUCAAAAACCGAGGACAAUACAGAGGAGGUUGUACAGAAGGGAAAAGAUGAAGAGAGCGACAGAGGUCAGUCUUUAAGACAUGGCACUUCUUCAGGGAGCUCUAGACAAUCAGGUGCUUUAGCUAACGGUGCUGGGACCUUGCAUGAGGUUCGGCAUGGCUGCGGUGGCAUUGCGGGUGAGCGUGUUGGUGGUAGUGGUAGGGCUAGUGGUGAAACCUGCUCUAGAACUCACGCUGCUGCACAGAACGGAUCUUGUGGUGGCGAAACGGGCAAUGUGCAUGGAGCAAGAGAGGUGGCCGCUAACAGGAAUGCACAGGAGACACAGCAUGCAGAGAGCUCACUGCACGGAAUGGCUGGAGACACGAGCAAUACUGACCACACGGCAACUAACACCCUGCAGAGGUCCGACUCGUUCGAGGCCCUGUUUAACGCCCUGGAAACCAAGCCCAUAGACGGAGAGCUGGACCUGGACAUGUCCAUCGAGAACCUGUUAAACAGGGACGUGGAGGGAAAGAUCCUUCCCCCUGAACUAAGGACUAAACGGUCGUACACAAGUAUCAGCUCGCUGCACACUAAUAACAAUCUCACCAACGAUAGAGUAGUGCAUAUAUGUAAGUCCUGUUGUGAUGACGAUGAGGGUGAUAAUGAAGUGUUUGACCAAUUAGACGAGAAAGAUGGAAAGGAGAAGAAGGAGGCUGAAGAUGAAGAGGAGGAGGAUGAGGCUGUUUCCUUGGCAACCACACCAUCCCCCGGCAUGUCCCCACCCCAGACUCCCCACGCAGAGCUGCCCCAGUCACCCAGCAACUUCAGACCACUCCACCUAGCCUUCAGCCCCAUAGCUGCACAGGAGGACAAGAGUCGCAUUGGCUCACCAAACACAGGUCCCUUUUUAGCUGCCCUGUUCUCCAAGCUGGAGACCAUGAUGUCCAACUCGCUGUAUGUGAACCUGCUGUUGACAGGAAUCCUGCGUCAGCUGUCCUACUACCCCCUGCCCCUGCUCAGGUCCUUCCUACUCAACACCAACCUAGUCUUCCAGCCCAGCGUCAAGUCUCUGGUACAGAUACUUAGUUCUGUAAAGAACAAAGUGGACUACUACUCCCAGACGGUGGAGAACUUCCAAGGGCUGGUGGUGCGGGGGCGGAACUUCCUGUCCUACCGAGAACAGGUGCUGUACGACUCCGAGAGCAACCAGAUGAUCCUGAGAGACAAGAAGCAGGCCGCGGGGCAGACCCCCUCCCCACAGACCACCCCACCACAACCCCAGCCUGCUAAACCACAACCCCCUCCCCCAGUUGCUCCUCCCAAGCGUCGCUCCACCUUCGGCAGUUUCUUCAGCGGCGGGCGCAGCAAGACUCCGCAGCCGGGCGCAGCGGCCGUCCCGCGGGUUCACUACCAGAGCCAGCGACAAAACCGCCCGCCGCCGCAGCCGCCUGCACCGCAACCCCCGGCUGGCUCGGCCCAGCAGGUUGGUUACUCACUGCAGGAAAGCCAUCAGACCAGGAAUGCUGUCUACUGCGCCAUCAUUCUGACUGAGUUUGUGAAGGAACUCUCGGCGAUCGUGCAGGAACACGCCGUGACCCCCCCUCUACUGCUAGAAGAAAUCACCGACGCUUCCGCAACUGACAUAGACCACGAAGUGUUCGGGAAGGCUGCCUCGGAACUCGACGCGGGGGAAGAUACGAGAGCACGAGACAGUGUCAGAGAGGAAGAAGUUGAAGUACAUGAAAUCCCCGUCACCACUGUUUGAUAUUAGAAAGUGUAUGAUAGCUAAAAAUACUGUGUCUGACUCAAGUUAACAAAUCUAGACGCUGGGACAUUGAUAUAGAGGUAGAAUGAAGGAAAUAUUUGUCAACUUUUCAUGGAUGGAGCCUACUUUGUAUGGUGUUCACAAGUAGAUUCACUCAGUUGCCUUUCUUGUUUUCUCAUGGCAAAAAUCCUACCUUGUCUUUGAUAAUGAAAGGCAGCACAGGAUUUUUUAAGGAUUAAAUGGAAGUUAAAUGUGUAAAUGAAAUGUUUGAGUGGAGAUGUUAUGAUAUGGCAGUGGAACCUGGAGAGAGUAAGUGAAAGGAUAUACCACAAACAUUAAUAAUAUCAUCUUUUGAGAGUGCACGCUCAGAGCUUUUUAAAAUGGUAGGACAAAAUUUUUAAAAAAUGUCCUGUAUCAGACUUUUAUUGUGGUGUAAUGCCAGCAAGUGCCCUUCUUUACUGCUGUACAAAGUACUGUAUCUAUGGGGCUUGUCAGAUUUCAAACUAUACGAUAAAAUAAAUACUAGUUACGGUUUUUAUCCACACCUUUACCACUAAAAUAUAUGUAAGACGCAGAUAGGGCUGAAAACUUACAGUUCUCUUUCUAGGGCAGCCAUUGGUGUAGAGUCAGAAGUUGAUGCAGUAUUUUCAAAGGAAAAUCAUUUUGAAGAACUGUAUCAAAAUGUUUACAUUGUGAUUUAUCAGUUCUAGGCAAUAUUUUACUAAGAUAUUCCAGCAAUUUGUACAC